GGAACGCAUUGAAAUGAUUGAAACUGGAAAGAGCGAAAAUGUCUUUGCAACCUUACUCUGAUAUCAUUUUAGAUAUGGCAAAACAGGGUUUGCCAUCUGCAGAAAUUUCUGCACGCAUAUCCCACGAAAGUGGAGGCGGAAGAGGAUUUCUGCAAGAAAUGUGAGGAGAUUUUGCGCUGCAAAGGGUUCAAGCUUGAUGGGACUACCAGACGCUCAUUUGGAGUUGGAGGUGGCUAAAGCCAUUACCGAGACAGGACCUACAUAUGGAAGAAGGAUGAUGAAGGGGUAUCUCGCCACAAAAGGAGUGCAUGCUGCAGAGACACGAAUUGGAGCAGUGCUCAGGACUUCGCAUCAGCCUUACCAUGAAGCAAGAUGUCAGGGUGCUCGCAAUCUCAACUCCACACCAUAUCGAGCAGACUACAUGGGUCAAAAGGUUCAUAUGGACCAAAAUGAAAAGCUGGCUAUGUUUGGGGUCACCCAUGUUGUGGCCAUUGAUGGCUUCAGCAAAAAGAUUGUUGCUCAUUCUUCAAUGCCUAUAAAAAACAACCUAGUCAUCUACGAAGAUGUUUUCAGGCCUGCAGUACUUGCCAAUGGAAUGUGGGAUCAGGUGCGAGUAGAUCAUGGCAAGGAAUUUUAUUUGACACUCUUCAUGCAGGAGCUGCUGUCAUCCUAUCGCCAUAAUCAGGAGAGAAGGCCUUACUUACAGACGUCAUCCACAAGAAAUCAUGUAGUUGAACGAAUCUGGCCUGAGGUCAAUAAUCGUGUCAACUAUCCCCUAAAGACAGCCCUGCUGCAGUUGGUGGAUCAAGAGGAACUAGACAUGGAUGAAAACCUUGUCAGAUACUGCGUGUCCAACCUGACAGGCCAGUUGUGCCACAUUGGUCUUACAAUGGUGGUGGAGUCGUGGAAUGCUCACCGAAUACCAGGUAAAGGCAUACCAAACGACUUGGCUGGCAGUGGUUGCCCCAAAAAAAUCCCCCAGGAGCUGUUGCCUCAUUCACUUGAAGCAGCCGACCUUUACAAACAACAUCUGGGAUCCCAACUGACCAUACAUUCUACUUUUGGAGUUGAUCCAUUCUCAACCGAACAGGACAAACUUACAGUUGAGAAUCAGUUUGCAGAGAAAUAUUCUGACAUAUCAGACUUGUUCUUUAGAGCAGUGAAUAACGACUUUGCUCCAUACAAAGAGGCAUUGCUCCAUCUCAUAACUACAACUCAGCGCAAUGUGUGAAAACACAUUUGCUCCAUUAGAACUGAAAGGGUAAAAUACUUGUUAUUGACAUAAUUAUUUGAUCGACAUUAAAAUGUGUCUUUACCA